GAGCAAAACUUUGCUGAGUAGAGGAGGAUGAAGUGAGAGGCUGGAGGCCAGCAGCUGUAUGAGUGAGUAACACCAGCAGGCAGAGAGUGUGGACGGAGACAGGAUGAUAUCUUAAUGAUAGCUUUCUAAAAGUGUCUCCUGACCAGGCUGGAGCUUCAGUUUUUCUAGGUAUUCCGUUUUCUUCUUGUGGUUUUUUGUUUUUACGAGAAGAAACUGAGGAUUAUUGUGAAGAAAAAAUGGAUUUGAUCUUUAUCUUAUAUAAUGCUCGUUGUAGAUAAACAGGAUAUUUUUCUCAUCUACUUCAAAAGAAAACAGUUUCAAAGUCAUUUUAAAUUUUAAACUCUUCACAGGAAGAUUUUUAGAAAUGUGCGUUUAGCCAUUAGAGAUUUUUGUUACUUCACGUCAUGAUGCUGCUGGCUCUGCUUCUGGUUCUGAGUCUCUGCUCUGACGCUCGCUCCACCGAGCCGUCAUCGAUAACUAUCCAGUACCGGGUUUGGGAGGAGCAGCCAACGGGAACCCGGGUCGGCUGGCUGGUCGAUGACCUCCGGCAGAGGGAUGAAAGCGGCCUCCUGGAGGAUUUCCAGGUGGUGGAGCACGGGAAAGCCCUUCCCUUCUCCGUCAGCACUCGAGACGGGGUCGUCUCCACCCAGGGCCGGCUGGACAGGGAGGAGCUGUGCCGUGGGUCGGACCUGUGCGAGCUGGCCUUCAGUGUCCUCUACAGGAAAAGUGGAGCUGUGAACUGCCUGCGAGUUCGCGUGGAGGUGAUGGACCUGAACGACCACAGUCCCAGCUUCCCCAGCACGCUGCAGGAAGUGGAGAUUUCAGAGACAGCCAGCCUCAGGAUGCGGAUCCCUUUGGACCGGGCGGUGGAUCCUGACGCGGGGCCAAACAGCCUUCAAACCUACUCGCUGUCCGUCAACCAACAUUUUGCUCUGGACGUGACAGUCGCACCAGGUGGGACCAAACAGGCAGAGCUGGUAGUGAUCAAAGAGCUGGACAGGGAGGUUCAGGACACGUUUGACCUUACCCUGGUGGCGUGGGAUAAAGGGAACCCACCCAGGUCUGGGAGCACGUUAGUGCGUGUUAAUAUUCAGGACUCAAAUGAUAACAGCCCAGUGUUUGAGGACAGCACCCCUACUGUGGAGCUAUCUGAGGACACAGCCCGAGGGACAACCAUCAUCAACCUCAAGGCCACUGACCCGGACCAGGGGGCCAAUGGGGAGGUGGAGUAUUCACUCAGUAAGCAUACCCGCCCAGAGGUACAGAGACUUUUCUAUGUGGACCCACAAAGUGGAGCUGUGAGUCUCAAAGCUCCUCUGGACUACGAGGCCCAACCCUCUUAUGAAGUCAUCAUCCAGGCUCGUGACCGCGGGCCCAACGCCAUCCCCACACACUGCAAACUGCACGUGAAGCUUCAAGAUGUAAACGACAACGCCCCGAGGAUACACAUGACCUGGACUCCACCCAACUCACCUGUGGCCACUGUGCUGGAAGGAGCACCUCUGGACACCUUCCUGGCUCUGGUGAUGGUCUCUGAUGCCGAUUCAGGAGAAAAUGGCAAAGUGAGGGCGCUCAUUCAGGAAGAAUCAGGCCCUUUCCGCCUUAAACGCAUCCAUGGUGACAAUUACAUGAUUGUUACAGACGGCAGCUUGGAUCGAGAGAAGGUCAUGCAGUAUAACAUCACGCUGCUCGCCCAGGAUUACGGAGAUCCUCCGCUGUCUUGUGUUAAACACCUGCCUGUCCAUGUUCUGGAUGAGAAUGACAAUGCCCCGGUGUUCUCCACCUCCCUCUACAAGGCUUCCGUCAAGGAAAAUAAUGUGGCAGGCCUCCAUGCCCUCAAAGUUGAAGCCCACGAUGUCGACCUGGAGUUCAGCGGGAGAGUGUCCUACUUCAUACGCAACCCCAACGAAGUGGAAACUGACACCGAAUCUUUUUCCAUCAAUCCGACCAGUGGAGUCAUCAGCGUCCAGCGUCCUCUAGACUACGAGGAAUCCCGCUCCUACUCUUUCACGGUGGAGGCAGUUGACCAGGGUCAUCCGCCUCUCACCAGCACGGCCUCCGUGCAAAUAGACAUCCAGGAUGUGAACGACAACUACCCUGUCAUAAAGGAGCCAAAGCCCAGAAAAGGUGUGGCUUCUCUCAGUGUACCUGUCAACACAGACAAGGGGGAGAUUGUGACGGAGCUGGGGAAUGAUAUAGAAGAGGACUCCACCCCUUCACCCAUCAAUCACUUGGUCAGAGAGGGACUUGUUGGAUUCCUUGCAUCCACCAUAAAGGCAGAGGACCCAGACUCGGGGCUGAACGGACAGCUCAGCUACCUCAUCACAGAUGGAAACCCUGAUGGGCUGUUCUGGUUGGAUCAGAUGACAGGCCAGCUGUUUGUUAACACCACCAACGCCACCGAGCUCAUUGGGAAAACUUUUAAGGUGAACAUUGCUGUGUCCGACAUGGGCACUCCCAGCCUGAGCACCAAGGCCACUCUGGAGGUGACUUUCAUCAAUCUCAGGGACCACCUGAAGAACUCUUCACCUGGCACCCGCGGACAGCUCAGCUUCACCAUGAUGAUGGCGAUCUGCCUGGGUGCCACCUGCCUGCUGCUCCUGUUGGCCAUCGCUUUGGUAACAACAUUCUGCCGCCCAGAGAAACGGGACAGCCGGGCGUACAACUGCAGACAGGCUGAGUCGACGUACACUCGCCACCCGAGGCGCCCACAGAAGAACAUCAGGAAGUCUGACAUCCAGCUAAUUCCUGUCAUCAGAGGGCGAAAGGAGGAGCCUCUUGAGGAUGAUAGUGAAGCCCAGCCACUGGCUCCGCCUCCAAUGGUGUCAGACGAUCCACAAACUGACAGGCAGUAUACCUUAACGCCAUCAGUCAUGAACACAAGCUUCCAUUCCCAAGGCUACCCUGAAGGGGAUCAACCUGCCACCCACCACAGCAAGACGCUACGGAAACCUGGGAAUAUUGAACUUGAUGGCACUUUGCCUCUGACGCCUGCCAGCUCAUACAGGAGUCUUCGGAAAGCAAGAAACCCUUCGUCAUCCUCUUCAGUCUCACAUUCGAGCACCUUGAAGCGUCAGGCUCACGUUGGAGGGGAGGAGGCGGAACGGUUGAGUUCAUCAUCCCAGGCGACUCUCAGGAGGCCGAGGACCUCGGAGGGACGAGGGGGGCCCGAUGCAGAACAUCGGCAGAUGCUUCGAAACCUGGUUCGACUGUCCAUGGCUGCGUUUGGAGACUCCAUCGAGCUUUCAUCAGCUUCCCCAGAAGUGCAGCAGAUCUCCCAGCUCCUCUCCCUCCUCCGGCAGGGUCAGCUGCAGCCCAGGCCCAACUUCAGAGGGAACAAAUACUCCCAUCGCAAUGGCAGGUAUGGAGGCCAGGACUGCUCUGAUUGGCAGAGCACCAAAGACAGCGGACAUGGAGAGAGCGAGGCUGGAGAUGUGGACUGGGAACCAGGAAGAGACUCACCCAUAGACCUUCAGCUGGAGGAGGGACUCAACCACCUGCUCAACCACCCUGAUGACGUCUUCUCGGAGGUGAAUGACCCGGCCUGGAUGGCCCGACUCUCUCUCCCACUCACCAGCGAUUACCACGACAACGUAUUUGUCCCCAACGGGCCUCCGUCCACUGACAGCGAACUCCUGCCGAGGGACGCCCUGGACUCCUCGUCCUUCUCCACCUUCGGUAAAUCUCCAGAGAAGGACGGCCCACUGGGCGGGGCCCUCCUGUCUGAGGUCAGCACGCUCUUUGAGAUGCUGAUGACGCAGAAGGCAGACUCACACCCUGGUCCUCGGCCUGACGUCCUGUACCGACUAUCUGCAGCAUACCGCCGCUCGCUGGGCCUGGAUGCCAACGCCCCCUCUGCCGCAGGCAACAUUCAGAGGAACUCUGGGAGCACUGAGAAGAGGUCGGGUCUGGCUGCACCCUCAGGACUUUAUUAAGAAGUCCGUUCAUUGAACACUGGAAAAGACUGAACUCAUUAAUGUCUGAGGAUUAUGUGGUGAAAUAUUUCAUGAUUGUAAAUAAUGUUUAGCGGGGAAGAAAUGUAGAGGGGUCGAGAAAGUCUGUUUGAAUGUCCUCUGAUGUGACGGACCAAAAACCAGUGGUGCUCAUUUUGAUUUUUAUAAACAAAAGCAGUUGUUCUUUACUUCAACUUUUGUUAAGAGAUUAACUAAAUGGGGAAAAUGUAUCACUGCAGUCAGUGGUGUCCCAUUUCUCUACCAUAUGUUUUUAAUGAAUGAACAGGACUUGCAACUGAAAAACAAAGCACAAAAACUGGAAUUAACCACUUCAUGUCAACGUUAACACACCCAGAGACAAGUGGCAACCUCCGGGGCUGAAAAAUGAAGCCAUUGCUCAAUUGUCAAAAAGUGCAGUUCCUCUAAUGACCACUUGAGGCUGACUCCAAGAGCGAGUCAAUUCCCAUAGACCCCCAGCAGAUUUGCAGCAGAUUUUGGGCACACCAUACCCACUGUGCCACAGGAAGUUAGCAUAAAAACUACAACUAACAGAUUGAUGAUUGUAUUACAGCUCUGUUUCUAUGUUUUUGUCCCAGACCAAUGAUUCGUGACGAGACGAUAAUGUUGCAGAGAAAAGUAGCAGUGGUGUGAACUGGCCGGUCAGAGCUCGACUCAUGCCGGCUGAUGGUGUCACCUGGUUUGAAAGCAGGUCACCUGUUUCAACAGCCAAUCAGCUUGUAGUGAAGUCCGCUGGUCAUGUCAAAGUCAGGUGCUCCGUCCUCGCCGAGCCCUCUGUUUCCGUCCUCACGGUGUGCCGGUGUCAGACGGUGGGUCGCUGCUGUUGCUCGCUGUAUGUGCUAUUCUCUAAUAUCAAAUAUCUCAAUAACUAAAUGUGCCAGGUUUGUACAUUUCAUUUUAACCUGAACAGAUUUACUCACUCAUGAAUGCACAUCUAUGUUAAAAACAACAGAUCCUCUUAUAACGGUGCUACAGAACCUGUUUUCUUUUUACCAUUAAUAAAUCAAAGUAUCAGACACAUUGAAUCAGUAUUAAUUAACAGUAAAUGAAAGGUAUCAAGUGUGACUGAAGGAAAGUGAAGUGUACAGACUGAAAGAGACACCAGGAGGAGAUGGACGAUGAUGUGAAGGACAACAGGAAGUGAAGGCAGGAACUUCAGACACAGUAGAAAUUAACAUUAAUGGUGGAUGUGAAAGUUUAAAAUGUCUCCUUGGUAUCUUGAUGCUGUGUCAACAGAUGAUGAAAUAAAGUCAGCUAUAGGUCUGGGUUUCGGCUGUCUUAGAAUGAGCUGGAGGAAAUGUUGCUUUGUGUUUUUGUUUAUCCUCGAGACUAAACAGAGACGAGCUGAACGCAGGGAGAGAAAGAGGGUUUGUUGACUGUCUGGAUGAGCCCUGCUCUCCAUCCACACUCUGUGAUUACUGUCUGAUCUUCCUCGGGAUGAUUUGGGAACAUUAGCUGUUGAAUUACAGGCAGCAGAAACUCUCCAGUUGUCUCUUAGUAAGUUAUUGGUGUCACUUUCAUCCAAAGUUGUCUUUUUUAAGGUUUUGUUUUUUACUGUGUUUUGCAAACCAGAUGAGCAGCACUUUGUACAUAAUGUUUUUGUAAAACUUUUUAUAUCAAGAAAACUUUUGUGAAUCAUUUUUGUCUAAAUAUAGUUUUGUAACUUUUUCAAUAAAGUUUGUAUCAUG